AUGAAUGACGACGAAUCGACCGAAGGAAAAAGUCCUUCAAACCCCCAGUAUCCACAAAUGGACGGCUCGAGGACUAAAUGUGCUGACUUAGACCCAAUGACAAGUCCUGACUCUACCCUCUCCGAUGAUCUCCAUCCAUGUCCUGAGCAGGAGAUCUGGAGCCCUAACCUGACCGAGACGCACCCAUCCGGCCAGCAAUCCAGAAAACGGCUUACAAUGAAAAGCGUUAAAGCUAAGAAAAUGUUCGGUUGGGGAGAUUUCCAGUGCACUGUGAGGACGGCGAGCCUUAACCUACUGAUCAAAGGGAAGAUCGUAGAUCACGGCAAUGGAACGUUCAGUGUUUAUUUCCAAUACAACAUGACCGGUGGAGGGAACGUAUCCGUAGGCCUGGUUCCUCCGACCAAAGAGGUGGAAUUUAAUGGGACGACACAACAAUCAGUUGUGCACUCUGUGGAGUCUCGAAUGUUUAACUGCCGAGUAGAACAUGAGAGGCGGGAAAAAACUCAGAGGAGCUCACGAUGCUGGUUUGACCCUUCGCAAAGCUGCGAUCAGGACCAGACCCACAGUCAUGUCUCGUGGCUCUGUUCCAAACCGUUUAAAGUCAUCUGCGUCUAUGUAUACUUCAACAGCCUGGACUACAAACUGGUGCAGAAAGUCUGUCCUGACUACAACUACCAUAGUGAAUCUCCAUACUUUCCUACUGGAUAA